GCAAAAAAGGAAUCCAGAUAUCAACAUUUCUUCACAGUAAAAGAGAAAGAUCACAACUUCGACGAAAUACCUAGAUAUACAAUAAAACCAUAAAGAAAGCUUUGACCUUUUUAGGGAAAAGGCCAGCAAGACCAAAACUUUGCGCAAAAAAGGAAUCAUGCAAGCACAAAGAGCGACAAUAAUAAAAAUCUGCAAAGAAAGGGUACGAAACAAAAGUACCAACCUGUGAAGGAAGAUGAAGAGCAGUGGCGGAUGCGUGGCGAAAGCGCGAAUGAUCCAACAAAGAAUGAUCCAACAAAAGCUUCAAAAUGUCAAAGAAAGAAGAAAAAGCUUGGGGCAAAAAGAGGGUGUUCUUUACAGAAGGAAGAAAGAAAACUUCUCCAAAUUCCUUCUCUAAAUUCAAAUUGAAAGGAGGGAAUGAAACGGCAAAAGAAAAUUAAAAACCCUAUUAAUAAGGCUUUUAAAAGUGCUCGCACGUUCCCAAGGAAGCUAAACACAUCCUAAAAUCACGCCGCAAAUUAAAAAGCUAGAAACGCUUUGCAUUAAAGCAGAAGCAACGCUAGAUUCACCUAAGGAGGAGCUGCUCAAAACCCACCAAAACAAUGCUCGAGCACGACUUCCUCAAAGGGGUCGAAGUCUAAAAACACGACCUCAAGAGAAAGAUUGAAGCUCAAGCAGGGGCACUGUUCAUACCUUGGACCGAGCUGUACAGUCCGGGUUGGACGAGGACAAAGCGGCCGACCUCUUAUAAGACUGUUGACACCGACCUCUUCCCAAAGAGCUCGACCAAAUCACCAUAGAGGCCCAAACAGGCCCAAAGCAGAGGCUCGCAAUCCACUUGAAGGCGGCUGUCCAAAAGAUAAGUGAUCUCAUCAACAAAAGAUAAGAUAACUAACUUAUCUCAAGGAAGGUCACUCUACGCUACUAUAAAUACACUGGAGCACCCAGGUACCACCACCCUCCGGUGAUUAAAGAUCAACAAGCACCUCAAGGGUCCAGCAAAUUGUACACAACAUCUCCGAUCACAUCAAUAGAUCUCGUCCAAGAUCGACCUUCAGUUUCAGCCACAGGUCCAACAAGUAGAAACUUUCCAUGGGCAGUUGUAAGUUUUCAUGACUCCACCUUAAGGUUGACACCAACUCCUUACUCCUUGUCAUCGUCCCCUUCCGAUAGUGAAAAGCACAGAAAAAGUCAAAGAUCGGAGAAGACGACGAUUUGAAGUAGCACAAGCUCCUCCAUUUCUAUUAGAAAACAAAUCUUUUCUACCCAGAUUGAAACCCUAACACGAGAAUGGAGUGUAUUGGUAGGCCUUCCAAUGGAGAGAGCAGCGUAGUUCGGUUCCCAUUGUCACCAUCGAGCUCUUUGGUCAUUCAGAAAGGAGAUAUCACCAAAUGGUCCAUCGAUGGUUCCUCCGAUGCAAUAGUAAAUCCUGCAAAUGAGAGAAUGCUUGGCGGUGGUGGUGCAGAUGGCGCGAUACAUAUGGCUGCUGGUCCUGAACUUGUUCAAGCAUGUUAUAGUGUUCCAGAGGUGAGGCCUGGAAUUCGGUGCCCAACUGGGGAGGCAAGGAUCACACCUGGUUUUAGAUUGCCUGCUUCUCAUGUUGUUCAUACUGUUGGACCAAUCUACAAUUCUAAUAGUAACCCUGCUGCUUCUCUUUCAAGCGCUUAUAGGAAUAGUUUGAGGGUUGCGAAGGAUAAAAAUAUUCAGUAUAUAGCAUUCCCAGCUAUAUCAUGUGGUGUCUUUGGAUAUCCUUACGAUGAGGCUGCCACGGUAGCAAUUUCUGUCGUCAGGGAGUUUCGAAAUGAGUUUAAGGAGAUCCACUUCGUUAUGUUCUUGCAAGAUAUUUAUCAAGUUUGGGUAAAUAAGGCAAAUGAUCUGAUGAAAAAUUAGCACCGUAGAAUCAUCGAGAAUCAACUAUUUCAAUGGCUGUAUGUUAGAAUAAUUAAGCGUAAUUGUCCAUGCACUGUAAUCAUUAGAUGUUCAUAUGCUUCUGUUCUAUGAAAAAUCAUAGCCUUUUCUUUUUGGGUUUGAUCAUUGCUACUAAUGUGCCCUUUUUCCCCCCUUGCUGUGGAUCUGAUUAUAAUGAAUAUUAUAUAUUGCCUCUAUCAAUUAUCAUGCUUGUUUCAUCA